AUGGAAUGGUUCCGGGCUAUCCGGCGCGGAGAUUCUCUUGGGGUUGCUGGGCUCUUGGUUGCAUCUCUCAGGACGCAAACAGAUGGAGGAUACACGGGGCUUAUGGUGGCCAUUCAGAUGGGCCACUAUGAUAUAGCCUUAACGAUUGCGCGGUAUGAGCACAGUAUGGUAACAGAUGAGGGCGAGACAGCUCUCAUGCUUCUCUGCAAGGCACCGCACCCGCUAUUAGCUUUUGGUCAGGAAGCCAAGAUUCCUAGAACGGCUAAAUGGGUCUGCAAAUUUACUCAGAUAGGUAAGUAUGCACAGGGUCUUGCUCUGCUUAAGAUUCUUGCACACCAUGAAGCCACAAAGGUUUCUGAUGGAGGAAAAACCGCCCUUAUGAUGGCUAUUGAGACGGGCAACUACGAUGCAACAGUUCUGCUUGGGAACAUUGAGGCUGGACUUAGUAGUGAGCACGGCUGGUCGGAGACCAUGUACCUAGUGCUCAGGGGCCACGAUGACCGUGCGCUGUUUGAAGAAAACCUUCAAUAUGAAAGGCCACGCUCUGGGGUAACUGCCCUGAUGUUAGCUGCUCUUGUUGAUAACUUGCGAGCUGCACGGCUCUUCUUUGGGAAAGAGUGGGGCUUGAAAGACACCUGCGGCCGAUCAGCCCUAAUGUUUGCCGGGAUAGGGGGGCACACAAGCAUUGCAACGCUUCUGUGGCCCCGGGAGAAGAACAUGAGGGAUCGGGAGGGGCGUACCGCCAUUAUGUAUGCCACUGUUUAUGGAAAUCUCGAUGUAGUAAAGCUUCUAGUUGCUGCAGAAGGGCAGAGCGAGGACCUGGCUGGUUGGACAGCGAUAAUAUAUGCAGUGGUUAGUUGGCAGCACGAUGUUUUAGACUUCUUGGUUGAGAACUGCCACAGCCUUACGCAGAAAACCAUAUACACCGCUUUACAAUACGCUUCAAUAAUAGGGAAUUACCACGCAAUAGAGUCUUUGCUCACCAAGGAGGGAAGAAUAUAUACUUGUGACGGUGAAACCGCACUUAUUCUCGCCGCAAAGUACAACAGGCUGUCCGAGCUCAAUCGCUGCAAAGCUUCUGCGACCGCAAUCCAAAGGUUAUGUGUAGAAGAGGCUGCUAUGGUAGACAUGAAUCAGCGAACUGCACUAAUGCACGCCGUACUGAAAGGAGACAGAGAGGCUGUAUCUCUUCUGCAGCCUUUGGAAGGAGGCCUUGUUGAUAAGGAAGGCAAGAGUGCAUUGUAUUAUGCUCUAGAGAAAGAAGACCUAGACAUAGCACACCAGCUUUACAGUCAGGAGAAGCAUUUGAAUGUACCAACAGAUUGGUCUCCCCUUAUGUUGGCUUGCGUAGGCUGCGACACUCAGCGCCUCUCGGAGCUAACUAUCGAGCCGGGAAAGCAGACAAAAAGGGGACUUACAGCCUUGAUGAUUUCGUGCAGAGUCGGGUUUGGAGACGGAGUUCGUACCCUCUGUGAUCUUGAGGCAGGACACCAAGACGCUAAUGGCCGAAGUGCUUUAAUGUUCGCAAUACAUAAUCGGUUCAGCGUCGGAAUAGAGUGCCUUAUACAUAAGGAAGCCAAGCUGCAAGACGCAUUGGGGAUGACGGCCUUGAUGCACCUCUUGCGUGAUAAUUUUGGACGGUAUGCUCUAACUCUUUCUUCCUUAGAAGCUGGCCUGCUGGACAAGUCUGGUCUCUCGUCACUAAUGUAUGCGGCACGGGCAGGAGUCACACUUGUCGUUGAGAUUCUUGCCAGUGUAGAGCACUCCAUCGUUGCCCCCAAUGGAUGGACAGCGCUGAUGUUUGCUGCUCAGGCUGGACAAGCAGACUGCGUACCUGCUCUCGCCAGCCUACAGGCCCGAAAGCAAAAUAGCCGGGGGCUUACUGCUAUGAUGCUUGCAGCAUACAAAGGCUAUGCUUCAAUAGUAGAGAUUCUAAUGCCCAAAGAAACACGCAUACAGGACGACGAAGGCAGGACAGCUCUUGUCUACGCCCUCUUUGGUCAGCAUAAGGACGUCGUCAAGCUACUUAUAGACUCUGAACGAGAUAUACCCACAAAAACAGGCAAAACAGCUCUCGAGUACGCAUUAUCCUCAUCGAAUCCUAACAUUACUGCACUUUUUUCAGAGGCGCCAAUCCCACCUGCAGUCGAGUCACCUACAAUAGAUCUGCGUAACUUCAGAACGAAGUCAGAGAGUCAACUCACGCAAAAGUCUCCCCUACUUACUAAAGGAAAGAAGGCAUCCAGAAAAUAG